AUCACUGCUCCGAGAGUUUAAGUUCUUAUGUCACACAGAGUCUGAACUGUUUUCAUGCACUCACACUGAAAACUGCUCCACAAAGAUGUCGCCACUCACUUUGCUUCUCUUGCUGGGUUUUCUGAGUCAAGAGUCUUCUGCCAGCAGUUUCCUGACUCAGACUGACAAAGUCAUGUCUGUUAGUGUUGGAGGGACUGUGAACAUCAGGGCCACAGGGAGUUCAGAUAUUGUUGCUCUCAGUUGGUAUCUUCAGAAACCUGGACAGGCUCCAAAACUUCUUAUAUAUGAGGUGUCAGAGCUCAACUCUGGAACUCCAUCUCGAUUCAGUGGCAGCAGCUCUGGUUCUGACUAUACUUUAACCAUCAGUGGUGUUCAGGCUGAAGAUGCAGGAGAUUAUUACUGUCUCGGUGCGCAUAACAUGACAGAUAGGGCAGUAAACACUUUUGGUGGAGGAACCAAAGUCAUCAUGUUAUCCGGUACCAUGGUCAGGCCCUCAGUCUCUCUGCUGCCCCCGUCCCCUAAGCAGCUCUCUGGGGGCUCGGCCAUGCUGGUCUGCCUGCUGAGCGGCUACUCUCCUCAGGGAGCCGUGGUGACCUGGGAGGUGGACGGCACGGAGGUGUCAGAGGGGGUCCUGAGCAGUUUAGAGCAGGAGAAGAGCGGCAGCUACAGCAGCAGCAGCAGCCUGAGCCUGAGCCAGGAGCAGUGGCUGAAAGGAGAGAAGUACACCUGCAAGGUGGUCCAUCACGGCCACAACCAGACCCAGACCCUGCACAGGAGCCAGUGUGAGGGUUAGUGGUGGUGAAUGAAGCCCAGGACAAGAAGCCCUGACAACAUCGACUUUAACGUUUGAAGAUGAAAAUAAAGCUUUGAGUUCUUGUGCUGUGAGUGUGUUUCCACAAUGUCGUUCUGACGACUCGUGUUUUGCCAAUAAAUGUUGCAGUGAUAC